GAUGAUGUUGAUGAUAAUUCCAUUAUGGAACACGUUCCUCGCCUUAUAAAAAAAAGAAGCUCUACGAUAUAAUUUUUAGUAUCUUUUUGUUUUUUUUUCCUUUUUCCUUUCGGCUUUUGAAGAAGAUGAAGAUCGUGGUUUAUGGUUCAAUAAUGAUGACAAGAAAAAGGUCGCAGUUUUAAUUGAAUAAACAGCAGUUCCUGGAAGUUUAAUUUUACUACUAAACAAAAAGCCAGCAGAAAGCUUUCAGGAUUUGUUGCUUUCACCUAAAGGGUCAUCGUAUCCUUUUCUCUCACUGAAUGCAGCUCUUGAUCACACAAACAACAAUCCAGAUAGUAUACGAUCAUGUCUUAUUUACCAGCAAGAAAAGGGAGACACAGACAACGGUACGAGGAUAAUCUGAGGCUUGUUGCCGGGUGUAUUCCAUACAGAGUGGAGAAGGAUGUUGAGGACAGCAGGAUCAGUGUUCUUAUGAUAUCCACACCGAAUCGUGAUGAUCUUGUUUUCCCUAAAGGUGGAUGGGAAGAUGAUGAGACUGUUAAUGAAGCAGCAUGCCGAGAGGCCUUAGAGGAAGCCGGAGUCAAAGGAAUACUUGAUGAGGAACCAUUGGGAGUGUGGGAGUUUAGAAGCAAGAGUAAACAGAACAGUUGCAGCCUGGAAGGUGGCUGUAGAGGUUACAUGUUUGCCUUGGAGGUGACCGAAGAACUCGAUUCAUGGGCCGAACAGAGUACUUACAAGAGGCAAUGGGUUUCCCCAGAAGAAGCGUAUAAACUGUGCCGGUACGAUUGGAUGAGCGAAGCUCUUGAGAAACAUUUGAGAAGAAUGGAGAGGAACAGCAAUAUUGAGAAGGCAGAAAAGUUGGUGGAACAUCAAAUGUUAUCAGCUGGUUGCUCUACAAAACCAUCCAACCUUGAAGAGUCAUUUAGUAAGUGUAUUGUGCAGGGUUAACCAGUCCUUGUCCUAGUCCUUUUGUGAAAUUGUUAUCAGUUAAGCUGUUUGCCAUUAUUAACUGUUGUAUACUGGAUAUAUCACAUCAAUCUUCUAAUUUAUUUGAAUGGAUAGAAAGGCACCAGCCAACCAAGUA